AAGCGGAGUAGAGACUUGCGUUUUUGCUAUGAUGGAGAAAUCACACGCACGCACACCUCAAAGGAAAAUCAUGAAUGAAACAUCUGAAGACCUUGAUCAAAAUCAUAUUAGUCAAAUAUCAAAACACACAGCUCAGUUCGCUGAGAUUUGGAAGACUGAGUUUGUGCAGACAAAUACCUGGGCAGGUGAAAUGGCGUGUGCAAAAGUGCCUUUAGAUGAACUGCAUGUGACUGAGCCCUUUGGACCACAAGGCAAAGAACGCACCCUACCAGCUCUGCACCCUAACCGUAAAGAAGAGAGAUGUUUCUUAAGCUAUAAACCCCCACCUGAGGAUGGCACACCGGCGCUGGUGGAGGAGUUUCUGGAGAAUGCUCAGUUCAUCUCGGAGGAUCUGGAGUGGCUGCUGGCUUUACCUCAUGACAAGUUCUGGUGCCAGGUGGUAUUUGAUGAGUCAUUACAGAUAUGUUUGGACUCUUAUUUGAGACACGCUCCGCGUGGUUUGGACCCAUCUGGUCUCUCGUCUAGUCCAGCUGUGGCCGACAUGCAGAGGAACAUUCAUCGCUCUGUGUUCAUGGUCUUCCUCAGGAUGGCUACGCACAAAGAGUCUAAGGAGAACUUCAUAACCCCUGCAGUGUUUGCAGAGAUCAUUUACAACAACUACCUAUUUGACAUUCCCAAAAUUCUGGAUCUGUGUGUGCUGUUUGGGAAAGGAAAUUCCCAACUGCUACAUAAAAUGAUCGAGAACAUUUUUACUCAACAGCCCAGUUAUUAUGGAGACCUAAAUGAGACUAUACCUUCAAUCAGCCAGGUGUUUGAUAUGAUAUUACAGAAGUGUGGUAUUCAGUCAGAGGACACAGGAACUGGUCAACCCCUCAAACUGAAUGGAAACAAAUGCCAAACUGCCAUGACCAUGCCAGAGGAGGAGCUUGCAGACUUGGUGUUGUACAUGUGUGAUACUUGCACUACUAUCCACUCUUUCCUGGACAUCUUCCCUGAGGCUUGUUCUACCUUCAAACAACACAACUUUCUUAACAGAUUAUCGUCAUUCUAUGAGAUGGCAGUUCCAGACCUGGAGAAAGCAGUGAAGAAGAGAAAUUUCAGUAAAAGUUUACAGGAGGACAUGUGGAGACGAAUGUCCCAUUCAAGAAAGAAAAUGGUAGAGAUUGCUCACCUGCUGCUCCAACACACGUGUUUACAGCCCAUACUGGAGGGCACUGAAAACACGGCAUCCUGUGUAGAUGAUCUUCUACAGACCUUCACAGCUUUCCUUCAAGAGAAAAGAUUCCUGGCAGAUUAUGAUGAACAGUUCCCUAUAGUAGAUGACAUCAGUCUCCUUCAGCAGGCCUUCCCUCAUUUAGACGACACCAGGACGACUUACCUGUUGCAGGGUGUAGAGUCAGCUUGGGAGUGUGUGGGGAAAAAGAGAAGCUUCCCCUCAUUAGCCAAUCACAGCGCAGGAGCCAAGAGCAAAACUGGCAGAGAUUCAGCAGCUUCCCAGAAGGAAGGAGCAGGAGUGUUGGGAGACAGUGAAGAGUUGAGUGGAGCGGAAGCUAUGACUCAUGUUCCCCGUAAGGGAGAGAACGGAGCAGUGUGCACAGUGAGUGCUGGAGAACUAGAGUCUCUUCUGUCCCAUAUCCGAGAGCUGCUUCCGGACUUGGGAGAGGGAUUCAUAUUGGCAUGUUUGGAGGAGUAUGGAUACAAUACUGAACUUGUCAUUAACAACAUCCUGGAAGAUAAACUGUCUCCUUCUCUUGACAAAUUGGACAGGGCAAUGGCCAGGUUGGCAAAGAAGGAGCUUCCCUCAGUUUUGAGCACCAGAUCAAACGUGUUUGACGAUGACGAGUUUGACGUGUUCAACCGUGACCAACUGGAUAUGAAUCGUAUUUGGAAAGGCCGGAGACAGGGGGAGAGUGUGCGUGCCACGCUCGAUGACAAGCAGCACAUAGAAGAGCAGAGAGCGAGAUAUCAAGCCUACCAGAUAGUGGUGGAUGAGAUUCCCAUAGAAAAUGAGCCCUCCAGAGACCGUGAUGAUGCUUUCGGCAUGUAUGAUUAUGAUGACGAAUAUGACGACACGUAUGAUAUCAACCAAAUAGGAGCCAAUGAUCUGGAUGAAGAGGAUGAACUAUUGAACCGCAGGCCGUUUACUACCCCACAGGUUCUCAGAACAGGCAAACAGACUCGGGAGAAUGAUGAAGACGAGGAGGAAGAGGACAAGAAUGAUGCUGUGAAGAAGGAUCACUUCGUCCAGGACCCAGCAGUCCUCAGAGAGAGAGCGGAGGCCAGGAGAGCUGCUAUGCAAAGCAGAAAAGGCUACAGACCACCAGCAAGUCAAGUGGAAGGUGGGCCAAAGGGACGGGGCCAGACGCAGGAGACCGUUUUGGACCGUCGCAGAAAAGAAGCGAAUAAGAGCAGAGGAGCCAAUCACAGUCGCAGAACGAUGGCUGACAGGAAGAGGAACAAGGGCAUGAUCCCUUCCUAAGACUUUUACAUGAACAACAGCACAGUGCAGAGUUCUUGGAGAGCUAAAAGCAAAAACAGUACCUGAGGUUAAAUGGAGCUCCUCAUUUACAGAAGAUCGAUACGCAUCGAGAUGACACUCUGGUCUAUUACAUAGACCUGUCAUUCUUUCAGAUUGAAAAUGAGUUCUCAGUCAGUUUAUUUUCUGAAGUAUGAAUAGACAGGCUGAGUUGGAGUUUGAAGUGCUUAGUAAAAUAAACAGGGAUGUCUGUUUAUAAGGGAUCAAGAUAAUCAUCUAUUUUUUUAAUGUUCUUUUUGCUAGUGAUAGACAGCAUAAUGUAUAACAAGAAAACAACAGUUUUGUAAGGCAAAGGAGUCAUGUCUUUUGCCCUGUAACACAUGAGUUUAUUGAACAGAGGAGAGGUACAAACAGUUAUUGCACUGUUGAAGAAAGUUCAAUAAAUAAAUAAAGGAACAUCAGGUUUGAGAAUGUAGCAUCUAAAAUAAAUUUGAGAAUGACCUUAACAAUAUGUGGUACGUUACACUAUCGAAGCAACAAUGCAGCUCAUAAGAUCCUGUUCCAGUUCUUUAAAGGUUUAAAAAGUGAUUAAGACUUGACCUCAGAGCAGUCUUUUGAGAAACCUCCCCAUUUGAGGUUGCAGAGUCUGAUUUCAACACACAAGCCCUUUUGUGCCAAAGGCUGUGAGCAUUCAUCAUUCUAGCAGAGAGAGGCGUCAUUUUUCCUCAAAUAGACUUUGAACAGGCAGUGUUCUCUUGCCAUGUGGAGUAACAUAUUUCUACUUACUAGGAUAAAUUCAAAGCAUUUUGUAAUAGAAAGCAUAUUUAAGAAUGCUUUUGAAAUAAAACAAGCCUUUAGAAGAUAAAACAAGAAUAAAUACUAUUCUUAAGAAUGUGCUUCUAUAUUGUUCCUCUUUGUGUGAGUGUUUCAUGUGAUUUGAUGUAAUGGUUGUCUACAUGUCCGGCAGAUGCCCUCCUGAGAUAGCGUGGAGUCAAGACAGCUCAUGUAUCAUGACUGAAGCGUGAGAGAUGAGGGGAAAUUUGGCUUAAGCACAGAUCAAGAUUUCAUUUAAUGAGAUGCUCUGAUUGGCUGUAUUGAGAUUCCAUAUUCCUAUUUUCUAUCAUUAAGUACAUUUACAUGCACAGCACAGUUAUAAUGAAGCUACAGCAGGUUUUUGCAUAGACGAGCUACAGUCUUCAUCUAUCUGUUCCAGUAUUAAUGACACAAUGUGUAAUUGAAAAUUAAAAGGAUUAGGAACACAUCUUUUGGGGCCAGCUGUACAGCUGAAAGAAGUAUUGCAAAAUGUAUUACAAAAAUUAUUUUAAAAGAAAUGUUUUCUAUUUUAGUAUAUUUUAAAAUAGAUUUGCAUUUUACAAAGCUGCAUUUUUAGUAGCCGUUACUCCAGUCUUCAAUGUUGCAUGGUUCUUCAGAAAUCAACUUUCAAAACAGUUGUGCUACUUAAAAUUAUGUAAACUAUGAUACAUUUUUUGAGGAUUCAAUUAGGAAUGGAAAGUUUUUGAUCAAUAUACUGCAUCUUUGCUGAAUAAAAAGUAUUAAUUUAUUAUUAAACCAACCCCAAACUUUUGAACGGUAGCAUAGGUUCAUUAGUCCAGCUACGCAAAAACCUGACUAGAAUGAAGCAUUUACAUGACAAUUCAAAACUAAACUGAAGAGAAUCUGAACUUCUAAAAUGCAUGUAAAUGUACUUACUGUCCCUGUAAAUUCUCUUUUAAGAGCAACAGUAAUAGUAAAAGUCGCUCUCUGUGCAGCAAGAAGGCACAGGGCAUCCUUGCAGCUCUUUGUAUGGAAUAAUACUGAUACUCGCAUGUAUCUUUCACUUUACUGUGUAGCUUAGAGUAACAGACCUGAUUAACAUGCCUCUUUUUUCCAUCAAAUUAGUGCUAGUACUUUAGCUGGAGGCUUAGCUGACAAUGGUACUACUAUGUCAUGUGGGGCUCUGUACCACACAACCUUUCCACAAAAAAAUAUAAUGAUAAUGUUUCUUCUUAAAGGUCCAGAAACAUUUUAUAUGUUCUCAAAAGAUGUCAAGAUCACAACUUCAAGGUCACAACCAACUCCAGUCAAGAACGGCAUCUUUUUUGGGUGAAAAAGGAUGGAAAAGGGCCAGGUUAGGCACCAGCCCUGGUCUCGUAUCAGAGGAAAAGGUUGAGAGAUAUUGUACUGACAAGAUACUAUUUCUUAAUUUUUUUCUCUAAGGAUUGUAUGCAAAUUUUAUGCCAACCCUUGUUUAAACAAAAAUUUGAGACUUGAGGGUGUAUGAUUCUUCCUUACUUUGAAGAGAUUGGAAAUAUUUUGUUUUUUGCUGUGCAUAUGACUUCACAAUCCGUGUAUCUGUGAAUUGCUGAGCCGGUUCAAGAAAUGCAGUAAUGUACGUAAAAGAACUGAUCCCAUGUACAAGGACCUAACUUCAAGAAACAUCUCAAGUGGUUUGACCAAAGAUCAGGAACUAGUCCUGACUCCUGGGGUCUCUUGAAAAAGAACUCAAGGUUUAUAGUCUUUGGAGAGGUCAAAUGGAGAUAUUCUGACCUUACAGUACAGUGGAGGGGUU